GCCUCUUGUUUGGGGGGCAGCGUGUGGUCUGGUCUGGCUUUCAGGGUGCACAGUAAUGCCUUUGCUCCUGCCCAGGUUUUCUAGCCGCCGUGGACCGAGUUCUGAAAUGCUUUUCCUGGCAGAAGAAUGUGCCGGCCCUCUGGACCACAAAGACGCCGGGAAGCACGUGCUCUGCCUUGAACGGCCUCCGAGUGUUGAGCCUCCUCUGGAUCAUGUCUGGGCACACGAGUCAGAUGACUGCGUGGAUGUCUCUGGAUAAUGUGCUUGAAUGGAAAGCCAGGGUGCUUAGAAACCCACUGUACCUUUAUUCUCGGAGUGGCCCCUUCUAUCUCGGCGUGGACACGUUUUUCCUGAUCAGUGGCUGGCUAAGCGCAAGGUCAUUUUUAAAGAUGCGUCAGGAUUCAGACAAAGGAAUAACCCCUAGCGUCACACUCAGAUACUUUCUCGGUCGCCUCAUAAGGCUGCAGCCUCUUCACCUGUUCUCGCUGUCCUUGCUGGUUGCACUGUUUUCCCUUGUGCCCUGGGGGCCCGUCUGGGAGGUGCCCAAGCUCCACCUGGAGAACUGCCGGCGGGCCUGGUGGACCAACUUGCUGCUGCUAAAUAACUUCCUGUCGGUCCAGGAUGCGUGCAACGGCUGGACGUGGUACCUUGCCAAUGACUUUCAAUUCCAUCUCACAACCCCGGUGAUCGUCUUCAUCCACAGAAAAAGUCAGCGUGCCCUCGUCCUGCUCGGGGCCUCGCUGCUCCUGGCGUCGUGCGCCGCCUCCGCUCUGCUCACGCGGGCUCACAGCCUUCCGGUGGCAGCUCCGUCAGAAGCCAGUGAAGAGGCAGCCAGACUGUAUUUCUUGGAGUAUUACACGAAGCCCUACUGUCGAUACGGGCCUUUCCUUGUGGGCCUCUUACUGAGCGUUUUCAUGCACCAUCACCAGGCAGACAUUCUGAGAACCAAGGGGCAGGCUCUGCUGGGCUGGGGGUGCUCCCUGUCGACUCUCCUGCUAGUGGUCGCCCUGGCCUACACGGUGGACGACGUCUCCCCCACCUCCUCUGUUGCCGCUGCUGUUUACCAAGGCCUCCACCGGACCGUGUGGGCGGCGGCCGUGGGCUGGGUCCUGUUCGCGUGUCAGGAAGGCUAUGGAGGCCUGGUGACUCGGCUGCUCUCCUGCGGAGUCUGGACUUCCCUGGCCAGCAUCAGCUACGCUUGUUACCUGGUGCACCCCACCCUCAUCAUCCUCUACAACGGGCUUCAGGAGACGCUGAUUCACUACACAGACGUCAACAUGUUCUAUCUCUUCUUGGGACACUGCUUGCUGACCUUCAUCGCUGGGCUGGUCCUGACGCUGUGCGUUGAGAAGCCAUGUCAGGAACUGAAGUGGUGUCUGCUGAAAUCAGCGCCCGCAGGGCCAAGAGCUCCCGGAAAAACCCCGGAGAGUGGAUGACCCUUUGUGGGAGGCGACGAGCAACGCCAAGGGUGGCUUCGUUUAUGUCACAAACGCUUGUGUUUCUUAAACAGGGUGUGAAUCAGAUUUUGUGAAUAUCUAAGGUAGACAAGUUCUCUGUGUUUAUUAUAUAAAAGCGUUCUGUGAGAAUCUGUUUAGUAUUUGUAGCAUGAUAACUGGCCCCAAUGCAACUUUUUAGGAAAAAAAAAAAAUCUAGAUUUUUGGGUCUUUUGGGUCUACAUGUAUUUUCUUUAUCACUGGUCAUUAAAAAGCAUCAAAGGUAGUGAAUUUAAUAUACCUUGAGGUUAAAAUGUUCUCUUUUCUUGGUAAAAUCACAGUAUGUCCUUUGCACAUCACAAUUGUUUUUGUGUUGCUAUGAU